AUGGCUGGCCUACUAAAAUACAAAUUUACCAAGAUCAAAAAGACUGAUGGUAGUGAGAAUGUUGCACAAAUUAUUCAAAGUCCAUGUACAGAAAAUACGGUCUCUUCUGUCAAAAAAUAUGUCGCUGAAAUACCAAUAAUACCAGACUCUAAAUCAGAGUUUCCUGAAUGCUGGGAUUUUAAGCAGGUUGUUCGAGCACCAUCGACAUUUGAAAUUGUACGUUACUACGCGCCACUUUGGCCCGUGAAGUUGCCAGCACUGCUUACAGCUGACGAGACUAGUCGGUUGCCCGUUAGGCCGUUGAUGUUCGGCCGGCGAGACUCCGUCGCCAUCACUUCUUCUGUUUUUCGUUCCGAAUUGGUUUGUUCGAGUAGUUCAUCCCGACUUUAG